UCUGGGUCAGGGAGGUUGCGAACCCUAAGCACGUUCAUCAAAACCUCAACAAUGCUCGAAAAUCUGUCACCAAUUUGUGGGAAAUUGGGAGGACUUUAAUUGUGUUGGUCAUGGCACAUGGAUCAGUAGGACGGAUCUUGUUUGCGAAUCCGAUUGCAGAUGUUGCAGGACGUCAUUCUCUUUCUUUUAAUGAGGGUACGCAAGUUUCUGGGAGAGAAUGCUCGAGAGUCGUUCUGAGCUCUGCUCGCCCUGCAGAAUGGACGCGACAGAAUGCAAGCAGAAGAUCUGUCGAAAGCAAUGGAAUAUUUUCAAAUUUGAAAAGCAAUUUGUUGACCAGAUUCAAAGGGGGAAAUCAACAGUCGACUUCAGACAAGAAACCUCCAAUUUGGCCACCAGCACAGGAUGCAGAUGAAAGUGAUCAGGAGCUCACUGAAGAGGACGAUAAGCCUUACGUUCCUGAGGUGAACAAGGAUGCGGAGCUUGAUGAAUCUGUGCUGAAGGAAAUUGCUUCGAAAGGAGCCACUGAAGUGCGUGUUGUGGAUGUUGACAAAGUGUUUUUAACCUCUCAGGGUAUGAAAAGAGUUGUGAAGAAUGUUUCUCUUCGUGUCGAAGCUGGGCAGCUGGUUGCUCUUGUAGGUCCAUCUGGAUCAGGAAAGACGACGCUUUUACGGAUGAUUGCUGGAUUGGAGCCUACAUCAGCGGGCAAGGUCUACUUUAACGAUGAGGAUCUAACAGAUGUGCACGUUCAAGAUAGGGACGUGGGGUUCAUGUUUCAAAGCUAUGCUUUAUUCAAGCAUAUGACUGUUGCUGCCAAUGUGGGAUAUGGACUUAGCACUUCAAAACGGCGUGGAAAGUUAACUCCUGAACAAAUCAAGAAAAGAGUUGAUGAUUUGUUGUCUCUGGUGCAACUCAGUGAAUAUGGAGACCGUUUCCCACCUCAGUUGUCUGGUGGACAAAGACAGAGGGUCGCUCUAGCGAGGGCACUUGCGACGGAACCUCGGUUGCUUCUCCUGGAUGAACCUUUUGGAGCAUUAGAUAUCGUGGUUAGACAGGAACUAAGAACGUGGGUGAAGAAACUCCAGAAGGCCCUGAAUAUUACUACAAUUUUUGUCACUCAUGACCAGGAUGAAGCUUUGGAAAUGGCAGAUUAUAUGGUUGUUUUCCAUCGCGGUCGCAUCCUUCAGGAAGGCGCACCUUUUGAAAUCUAUGAAAGGCCCAACUCCGCCUUCGUCAUGAACUUUAUAUCGGAUCCGAAUGUCAUCCCCGCCACAUGCCUUGCUGUUAGACGGUCUGGUUACAGAACGACAAAACCUUAUGUUCUAGUAAGACCAGAUGAUGUGACCAUAUUUUAUGAGGAGAAAUUAGAUCUGCCGACAACUCCUGCUACUGUACUGGAGGUCAACAACAUGGGCCCAGAGGUGCUGUGUGAGAUAAAAUAUGAUGAUGGUGUGACCUUGGAAUUCAACCGCCAACGAUAUGACUUUGAAGACCAACCUUUAGAAGUUGGUCAACGAGUGCACCUCCAGCUGAAACCUCUUAUGUUGAAAGGGUUUAGUCCUGAGGAUUUGAAAGCUUAAUUCAUAAAUUAUGAGUUCUAAUUUUUUAUAAGAACAUUAUCCAACGUUCUUGUGUCAUUUGAAUAAAAUAUCAGAUCUGAAAGAGACAUCGAAAAUUUUGUCGAACAUGCGGAAACAGAGGAACAAAUGGUGGUGACUGUCAAGUGAUGAAGUCGAGCUGUAUAUUACAGUGCGAAGACAGCUAGCAGAUUUGGUGUAGCAGCAUUCACGUCGGACUCAUGUUUUUUGUCGACUUUUCCUAAACCACUUUGCCGAGUUGAAAAUUACGGUCUCCCGUGAGUUAGUUACUUUUAGAAGUACUCUUAAAUUCCCAAAGUAGUUGCCUUUCACACGAGGAACUUUUGAACAACUACUCCUCAUUUAGUGCAAGCACGAGAUUCCACUAGCCGAACAAGAAGAGGGUAAGAUUUCGGUCCUGCUGCUCUGGGAUACCACUAAAUCACAAAUUCCUGAACACACCUAGUCUAGAAGGCCGAGGGUAGUCAGCAGAGAGCGAGCUCUUGGAAUCGUUUGAACCUGGGUAAGGUGGAGUCAAUGUUACGACCGCGCAACCAUCAUAAUGGUUGCGAAGUAUCUGCGCUGAAGUCCAUGCGAGUACAUUUGACUUACAGAAGUCCACCAAUUGAGGGCAUUAUAUUUUAUCCCAAGCGGUUUGUUAAGAGCGUGAUCACAAUGGUCGGUUCCCAGAGACAGCACAGUUUCACAUUUCUUAAUUGAAGUUGAAAAACUUUUGUUUUUCAACUUGUAACUUGUUCCUUGUAACUCAAUUAAAACUUUAGAAACUAUUGUGGCACAAUAUCUUGACGUGUAUAUAUUCAAAUUGGUUUAUG